ACUAGCAGCAGCAGGAUGCCGGCAGCUGCUGGCGACGGGCUCCUGAGCGAGCCCCCAGCGGUGAGCUUCGGUGACGGCGGCGACGAACCCACGACACCUCCCCUCAGCCCGGAGGGGACUUUCCUGGCCGCCUGGGUCAACGUGGCAGCGUCCCGGGAGCGCCUCCGCGAGUUUCAACACACCAAGCGCGUCGGCAACUACCUGAUCGGAAGGAAGUUGGGCGAGGGCUCCUUCGCCAAAGUGCGGGAAGGGCUGCACGUUGUGACCGGAGAAAAGGUGGCAGUGAAAGUUAUUGAUAAGAAAAGAGCCAAAAAGGACACCUAUGUCACCAAGAAUCUGAGGCGGGAGGGACAGAUCCAGCAAAUGAUCCGACACCCUUACAUUGCUCAGCUGCUGGAUAUCUUGGAAACUGAAAACAGUUACUACCUUGUUAUGGAGCUAUGCCCAGGAGGCAACUUAAUGCACAAAAUCUAUGAGAAAAAGAGACUGGAAGAGCAUGAAGCACGUAAAUAUAUCCAGCAGCUUAUUUUAGCAGUUGAGCAUCUACAUCGUGCAGGGGUGGUUCACAGAGAUUUGAAGAUAGAAAAUCUCUUGCUUGAUGAAGACAACAAUAUCAAGCUUAUUGACUUUGGCUUGAGCAACUGUGCAAGUAUCUUGGGUUACUCUGAUCCAUUCAGCACACAGUGCGGUAGCCCCGCCUAUGCAGCACCAGAGCUUCUUGCAAGAAAAAAAUAUGGUCCCAAAAUAGAUGUUUGGUCCAUUGGUGUGAAUAUGUAUGCGAUGCUGACUGGGACACUGCCAUUUACUGUGGAACCAUUCAGUCUGAGAGCAUUGUACCAGAAAAUGGUAGACAAAGAAAUGAAUCCUUUCCCUACUCAGCUCUCCACAGCUGCUGUAAAUUUCCUACGGUCUCUGCUAGAGCCAGAUCCUGCAAAGAGGCCAAACAUCCAGCAAGCCUUAGCAAAUCGCUGGCUUAAUGAGAAUGGCAAUGCUCUGAAUAAUGUCACAUAUCCAAACAGAAUUCACAUAGAAGACAUCAGCCAAAGUGUGCUGCUCUACAUGACCGAAAAGCUUGGCUAUAAGAACAGUGAUGUGAUCAAUACUGUCCUCUCUAACAGGGCUUGCCACACUCUUGCCAUCUACAUCCUGCUUAAUAAGAAGCUAGAGCGCUAUUUGGCGGGCCUCAGAAAGGCAGACAUUCCUGAUAAUGUGUAUAUGAACCAUUUAUGUCGGAUAGAAAAGUACAAGUCAAACAAGGAUUCCUAUGAGGUCAAGGAACAAGAAACAAAAGAAGAACCUCUUCUUCACCCGCUUCUGAAGAAACCUGAGAAAAAUCCCCCUUCCUUCAAAGAACCACCCUCCUGCCUUAUGACACAGAUACAAAAUACAAAAGCUCUGCUGAAGGAUCGGAAAGCUAACCAGGGUGGUGCAUCAGAGAAAGAUUCUCCUAGUGGACUGAGCCCUUUCCAUGAAUCGGCAACAGCCAAGACGGGUUGUGUCACCUCCUAUUCUUUGGAAUAUCUUGAAAUCCAGCAACCUGUUCCAAGAACUCCAAGGCUCACGAAACGGCAAGAUUCACCUCAACAAGAACCCUCCAGCCCUGGCAGCCAGAAUUUGGAUUCUCCUUUAAUUCUGAACAUUGUACAUUCUUUUGAAACUGGUGACAGAGAAGACCAAAUAGACCAAAUUUCUCCCACACAUCAGUAUCGAAUGCUAAGCUCACCUGUAAAUUUUGGUCGGAGAAGUUCCAGUGAAAGGACAUUGUCUCCACUCUUCCAGCCAGGUGGAACUUCUCCCAGUCCUACUAAAAGUCCAGUUCAUCCCACUCAACUAUCCUUCACUUAUGAUGAAAAGAGCAGUUCUUUUAGAGAGGAAGCUGUGUCUCCAACCCAGCUAAAUAACAUCUCUACUCCUCUAGGGAGCCCUAACUGUGUGAAAAGCAGAGGUCGAUUCCCCAUGAUGGGUAUUGGACAGAUGAUGCGGAAAAGGAAUCAGUCCGUAGGAUCACCAACAGAGAAGACACUGGAAGCAAGAAUGCCUCAGUUGCAGCAAAUGAGCCCAACACAAAUUUCAUUCAAUAUAAUGGACCCUAUAAAUGGCCAGUGCUGAGGUGACUAUUCUGGAAGUCUAAAUAUGUGUUCUGCUGGUUUCUGGGACUUUUCCAUAAAUAUAGUGAAAAUUUACAAUCAUAAUGUUUUCUCUGUAUACGGUAGUUACCACAUCCAAUAAGAACAUCACAAGGCCACAUAUUUUAGUGGUCUUUGACUAGUGUGAUUGGCCUUUGCCAAAUAUUUCAAGUGAUGUAAAGACUUGCUUGGUUUUGAAGAGCUAUAUAAUGUUCCCAAAUAGAUACUUUUUGGCAGUGUCCUAAUAUUGCACAAACGUUUAUGUCAAUCACCGCUCCUAACAAUUUGAUCGAACAAUGAAAGCGGAAUUCGUUGGAUGGGCCCUCUAGUUCGAAAGCUAUGGCUGAUGGACUUGUCAGGCAAUAGUUAUUGCUGUUUCACAGGCACAAUCAUUGGUCAUACUACUGAAAGACAGGAAAAAUAUUAAGGACACAGAGUUUUUCCAUGUUUCUCAAGCAAAUGUGCUCUGUUAAUUCAUGGACAGGAUGAAGAAGAAACAGACCUGAAAGAACUUGGAGUAAAAGCACAAAAACUAGAACAAGACACUGAUAACUGAAGCAGUUUUUGCUGCCUAAUAAUUCCACAACUCCUAAAAUCAUUCAAUAUUUUUCCUAAAGAAAAUGUUCAUUUGUUAAGAGAUGCUAGUGGAAAGGGACAUCAUCAUCUCAGAACUAGUUUGGCCAUAAGGAAAUUUGUGUUCACACUCUUCUUCUCAUCAUGAGAUAGUAGUGCAUAUUUCUAAAUAUUGUGCUUAAAAAACUUGGACAUCUCUUCUUUGUAUAGUUGUACCAUUUCUGUGAAACUGCCUUUAGAAAAAAUGUACACUUGUCAGUUUUAGCAAAACAGUAUUGGACAUGCUUGAAAGUGUUGCUGAGAAACUCUGCACUGCAUUAAGAAGAGUUAUCAAAGGACAUGUCUGCUAGCUCCAGGGCCAUCUGCAAAUGGCAAAAAUGGUAAUGCAGUUGGUAUCAAAAAAUUAGUAGUGCUACAAACUGUGAUUAACUUCUUUAAAAGGCAAACAUGUUCUGUACUCUGCAGCUCUUUUUAUUUCAACAGUAAAGAAUAUGUCUGAAUGAGAAAAUAGGGGGAUUUUGUGCAAAUAAUUUGCUAUGAAUUUACAAGGUUUUAACCAAAGAGUAUUCUAUGGUUUUUGUGUAUAGGAUUGUUGAUCAUUAUUAACAUUAGACUAGCACAGUGGUAGAUUAUCACUAAUGAUUUACAUGCUCCCCCUCUUCGUUUGCAUACAUAAUAUCUAGAUGUUAAUGCCUUUUUAAAAGACAAAUCAUAAGAAGACUGGGAGGAAUUAUUUGAGGGUUUGUUUUUAAGGCAUUUGACAUCUUCAUUAGGAAAGAGAAAGAUCAGGUAAUCAUUUUUCUCAGCUGAGAUGCUAUUGAUACACACACAAUCUCAGUUCUCCUCCAAAUAUUUCUUAAAGGUUAGGACUGAAGAGCAGGAAUGGUCAAGAGCACCAGCAUUUCUUUGGCUGUAACCUUCUUGAAAUGGGAACCACAUGCUUGUAUAUGAGCACACCCAAGACAGAAGCAUGUUUAUCCAUCAGUUGUAAUGCUAUAUUAGAAAUAAAUAGGUACAUUCAUGAGAGCAGUUGUUAUCAAAGAUGGUGGUACCGUAAUCCAGUGACUGUACCAAAAACUCCCUUGCAUUUAAGGUCCAUGAAAUUGCAUUUCUACAAGUGUAACUGUGAAAUGGUACUAUACUCAACUCUAUGGACUGUGGCCCAACUCACACAUAAUGCCAUGGUUUACCAUGGUUUAUCACCUGCAAACACACAUGUGGGUUCCCAGAGAGAAUUUCAAAGCUGCUUUGUACUUCCUCCAGUCUUGCUGCUGCGAGCUAAGUUCAGGAUUUUUAAAGCUUCAGACAAACCUCUGAUCCUUUGCCAAGGUUUGUUUUAUAGCGUACUGUUCAUGUUUCUUCUGCAGGAAGACAAACCAGGAGCCUGGGUUCAAACAUAACACUGAGCCAAAGCAGCACGGAGAUCCCUGUGAGCAAAGUAGCAGUAAUCUUCUCUCUGGGAACCUCCUUGCUGGCUUAUUCUCAGUAAACUGUGGUUAGCCUUAAUUCACUUAAAGAGCAAAAGAAAUGGUAAAUCUGUUUCUGAAGCUAUAUCACUUAUUGGAAGUGGGGACUUUACAUGACUUAAUGAUCCUCUUUAUGACAAAAAAAAUCCCUUCACAUAAACAACUAGGUGGCAGGGAGAAGGGUAAAAGCAUAGACGUCUCCCUGACAUGCUGGGUUUCUACGUGGGCUGUGUGGAAGACCACUCCAUCCUAUAAGCCCAUGCACAGAAUCUGCAGUUUUACAGUCCAAAUAAAAUGUUAAUAUCUAGUCUGCUGUUUGUGAGAACUCUCUUAAAAAAUAGCGUGAGAGCAGGCUAGGCUCUAACAUUUCGUGGUGUGCUUGUGUUAAAUGAAUAUCGGCAUUGGCAUAGGCCUGAAUGGCUAGAAUUAUUUUAGAUUCCUGAGAGUGCAAGAACAAUACCCAUUUAUGUGUCAGAAUCAAUGUUUAGGCACCAAUCAUGUACAAGCAAGUUCAAGUCUAGAAAAUGGGGAAAUGCCAGAAUUCUUAGUCACCAUCACCCAUUUGCAGCUGCCUCAGAUUUCCUAGGUCUGCUGAACUUUGUCCAAAUAAGGGAUUUUCAGACUACAAACGCUCAUUUUAAAAGGUCAUGUUUUCGCGAGACUCCUACAUUAUGAACCUCUAAUAACCGUGCCAUUGGGUAAUUUUAUUUACAUCUUCACCCAUGUAGCAUCGCCCCCCCAAGCCAAACUGCAUUAUAAAUUUGAUCAUAUUUAAAACACUGCUUGUCAGUUCAAUAAUGUAAACUGGGGGUUCCCAAAUGGAAAUUUCAUUCUGGUGGUCUGUGGCAUGUCCACAUUAAAUAUUUAUCUUGAUUUUUAACUGUAUUUUUAUUGCAUCUUGUAUUUCUUACAUUGUAUUUUCUUUAUUACUGUUUGAAUUCUAUGGAAUGCAAAUUGCAAUACAAUAAAAUACAACAUAGGAAAUAAAAGAAGCAAUGAAAAUACACAGCAUCUAGUGCAGCGCAUUGCAAUUGCUAUAACAGGCAGAAAAAUGGUCUGCCAAGGUCAUCACCUUUUUAAAGUUUAGGAA